GUGGCAGUAGUACUAUGUGUGUGUAGCCGAUUCGCUUGGACCGAGGAAGAGAUGUUUCGUCACCUGCUCAUCCUGGCCAGUCUGGCAGACCUCUGGAAACCGGCGCUGGGUUUCCUGCCGACGAAACUCAACUACUCCGACCCGGACGUCAUCGACCUCUUUUGUCCGAAGGACAUGUCCGGGGAGACGUGGGAUCAUAAGGCCAUUACUCGCGAAGGCAUCAGAAGAGAAAUCCGCCGAUUCUUCCUGGAUCUGCCUCCGCCGACCAACGACACCUUCAGCAUUCCAGAAGACGCCACCCUGUCUCAGAUCUUCAGGUACUACUAUGGGCCUACGGCGUCGCCUGCGAGAUUUAUCAAGGCAGUCAACAGCAUCACCUGGGCCAACGCCAUGACGGAGGCUAGCGGCCAAAUACGUUUCAACGCCGCCCACCACAUGGACGGGGAGAAGAUAUCGGAGGGGCAUACCCUCCUGCAAGGGCGCUACCAGCAGCUGAUUUCUACGAUCGUCGCCGACGACGCCUACCCCUUCGCCAGGGAGCUCUUGGGGACGUCGCUCAAUACUAUACAAGACUUCUACUCGCAAACGACGUGGGUGGAAUUAGGCUACACCGACAUCCUGAAGGAGCUAGGCUUUCCCGGCCAGGACAUACCUGCCGUAGCUGCUCCAGGUGAAUCUACCUGCACUGAGUGCUCUGAUCCUAAGGGAGAGUGCAAAGACAACGUGAUCGCUAGAGCCAAGCUUUCCAGCGGGUAUUACGAAUACAACGUUCCAGGAUCAGCAGCAUUUGUCGUUCCAAAACCCACGGACGCAGGCAAAUGCAGCCACGGUGGUACUAUGGACAACUCCGCCUCGAAGGCUCCGGUCGGUGGCAUCAACAAAGAAACGGCCUCUCCUUGUUUUUCCCCUCAUCACGACCUGCAUAAGACAGCGGUCGAUUUAGCCAUCUCCGCCACCGAAUACUACCUCUCUGUCCUCCGAGAGGCCAUCGGGAACGAUUACUUUCGCCACCUGUUCGACCUGUACCCGGGCUCCGCUCUGUCGAUCAUGAUCGACACGACAGGUUCGAUGACGCAAGAGAUCAAGGCGGUCAAAGCAGAGUCCAAGCUGAUCGUGGAGAGAACGCACCCGGCGUUUUACGUCCUCACUCCAUACAAGGACCCAGAUCUUGGUCCAGUUACCGCCACCUCGGAAGCAGACAUCUUCUUGGCGGACCUGAACAAGCUGGACGCUUACGGUGGCUGCUGCUGUACGGAAGAGAAUUUCUGGGCGGCUCUGGAACUUGCUCUGGCGAACACUCCCGACUAUUCCAGCGUGUUUUGCUUCACAGACGCUGGAGGCAACGACAAGCAACUCAUGGAAGGGAGCAUUGCCUUGGCAACUGCCAAACAUUGCCAGGUGACCGUCAUCUACAGCUUUGACCAGACCAAAAAGGUCUCUCAGGAGCCCUCGAAGGACAUCUCCUGCCCGGAAGACAAGUACAUCCUCAGCGGCGUGGACGAGUACAAGAGACUGGCGGCCGAGACUGGGGGUCUCUUCAUCGAAAUCGACAAGUUCGACAUCGACGAGAUCAUAGGAAUUCUGGAGGACGUCGUCGAGGAAAGCACGGUCGCCAUCCGGAUGAGAGACGAGGUCACGGGGUCACAGAAGAUCAACUUCCCCGUGGACGACUCGGUCAAUUAUUUCCAGGUGGUCAUCGCCGGAGAAAUAAUGUCGUCUACUCUUACGGAUGGAGACCUUACCUUCGACCUCAUGGACAAGGCAUCCCUGGAAGAACGAGAUGGCGUCGAGGUCGUCAGCCAUUCUACUUCCUUGAAGUCUAUCAAGUUCGCCAACAUGACUAUUGGAAUGUGGGACUUGGAGGUUAACGGGGCGGCGGCCGAAUUCAGCGCUUCGAUCAGCGCGUUGUCGAGCCUUGGAUUACUGACCGAGUUCACCGACCUCGAUCUUCGCCCCUCCAGGCCUGGGUAUAAUAAGGUCAUCCGAGGUCGACCUCUCAUAGGCGAAAUCUAUUACGUCGAGAUCACACUCGUGGGCUACGUUGACAGCGCAGUUAAGAAGGUGACGUCCAUGGAAUUAGUUGACGAGCAAGGAAAGCUGCUCUCCCACGUGGAUUACCUCGGCGAAGUGGAUGACCACUUCUUCAUCCGCUCCGAGGAGCUGCCUUCAAAGCCUUUCUACAUCCAGGUGGAUGGCUUCCUCGAAACAGGGACUCCCUUCAGUCGCAUCUGCCCUACGAUGGUGGUGCCCGUGAGGUGCUCCGUGGAACUCCUGCUGGAGAACUCGACCCUAGCUGCUAAGGCGGGCGAGACAGCCGGACGGAGCUACUUCCGGGCGACCAACUACGGACCAGCGGCUGAAUUCAGCUUCUACGCACGCGACCAGCAGUUGUACAUAACGCAGUGGACUCCUAGGAAAUCGACGCUGGGGGACUCUGGCGGCUACGCCGACAUCGCCGUGACUUUCCGAGUACCGUCGAACGCCGUACCGGGCACCGUCAGUACCGUAACGGUGACGGCGUCGUCGGUGGUCGACGUCGACAACGUGAAUUCGGCCAUCACGUAUUUUUCCGUGCUGCCCGAGGAGACAGACUAUGAGUCUCCAAUUUGCACAACGAACGACGAACCGGAUUGCACUGGAUUCGACACGGAGGCAGUGUGUGAGAGCAGGAACUGGACUGUCACGGCUAUCUUGCAAGACACAAAAUCAGGCUUGUCCCGGAUCUCCUCGACGCCCUCGGAGAUUCUGACAGUCGACGAGUUCUCAGAGGGCACAAAGGACCCCGUAACGGCCACUCUUCUGAACACCUGCUGCGUUACGGAGGCCGUAAUCCUGGGCGUCGACGGGCAGGGAAACGUAGGCCGAUGUGAAUGGAACAUAUCCAGUGCAGGAGGUGGCGCUGUUCUCCAUUUCGUGGUGGUGUCAGUGGGCGAGACUUGGGCCUACCUAGAAUGGACAGUCAGUGACGUCAGGGAAGACCUUAGCAAGUACACAAUUAUCGUCAAUGAUGAUUUCAGUACCGAUUCCCGCUGUCACGAGAAGACCUGCUACUACAACAUGACCUACCUUGACCCCUGCACGCGUUAUCAGUUCCAGCUGAAUCCGUACUUUGUGAGUGGCAGAGGGCCUAACUACUUCGCUCAGGCUACCACCCUACCUUCAGGAGUCAGCCCGCCAGUCAACCCAACUACGAACUACACAACUCAGACAUCGAUGACCAUCUCUUGGGAGGCCACGAUGGACAAUGCUUGUCUACUGGGAUAUAAGAUCUGUUACCGUAGAUACGACAGUCUUCGUGAGCACUGCUCCAACCCCCCUCCAAUGCAACGCGUCCUCCUCCUGAAGCACUUGGAAGCCUGCACCAUGUACAUGAUCACCAUCAGGACCCUCACCAUCAACGGACUCGUCAGCGAGCCUCUGAAAUAUACCACGCUCACUGACGAAGCUGCUCCAGGUAGACCAGUCAACCUCCACUUGGUUAGUCAGUCGGGCCGCUUCUCCGAGAUCGCUUGGGACGACCCGCUCGAACACCCAUCUUGUGUAAACAAGUGGAUUGUCACCCACAAACCUCUCAACCUGUCAGCUGCUUGGAGGUCUCUGACCAAUUCAGCCGAGACCAACACCACCUACUUCACGUUCGACGACCUCCUCGGGUGUAAUCUCUACGAAUACACCGUUUCAGCCGUCUCCCCGUCAGAUCUCCCUGGAGGCUCGGCUAUGAUAUACGACGAGACUGAAGAAACCAGCCCAAGAGAAGUUCAGUCCCUAGACACGAAGGCCUUAAGUCCAACAAGCAUUGAUGCCAAUUGGUCCCCUGCUCUAGUCCCUAGCUUGCUUCCACCACUACGAAGUCUGCUUGAUCAACACACAUUCGGCACUACAAGUCCGCCGACAGGAUUAGGGGCUAAGAAGGUAGACCCCCAUUCGGCAGUCAUCAUAUACGGACCUCCUUUGGAAAAUCCUCAGUGUGUUCACGAGUACGACAUCAGGCACGUCAACCUUGAUGAAAUCUUCGUUGCUGGAGGGUAUUCCAUAUGUAAUUGUAAGGAAAAUCCUCCUGGGAUAUUUAUAAUAAUAUCAUCUUAUCCUUUAUUUACUCCUGCAGGCCCAAGAGAAGUUCAGUCCCUAGACACGAAGGCCUUAAGUCCAACAAGCAUUGAUGCCAAUUGGUCCCCUGCUCUAGUCCUAGCUUGCUUCCACCACUACGAAGUCUGCUUGAUCAACACACAUUCGGCAGCCAUAGAUUGCUUUGAUACGAUGGACACUCAAAGGACAUUCAAGGACCUCGAUCCUUGUGUCCGGUACCAGAUCUCUGUAACAGCAGCGUCACCAAGCGGUUUCCUGAGCGACAAGAAGGAUACUUUUGCUACCACGAAGGACGUGGCUACAAGUCCGCCGACAGGAUUAGGGGCUAAGAAGGUAGACCCCCAUUCGGCAGUCAUCAUAUACGGACCUCCUUUGGAAAAUCCUCAGUGUGUUCACGAGUACGACAUCAGGCACGUCAACCUUGAUGAAAUGUUCGUUGCUGGAGGGGCUACAUCCAAACAAGCAGCGCCGUCGGCCGGGAACGCCGAGGAAGUCAUCACUGGACUGGAUGCCUGCACAAACUACGGAGUCUACAUGUCCGUCGUGACGAUCUCUGGGUAUGUCAGCGGAGAAGUUGGCACCAACUUCACGACCUCCGUCGCCAUCCCGUCGGCCCCACAGGAACUCCAAGUCGAAGGGACGACGGAGAGGUCUAUAAGCUUGCUUUGGUUCGCUCCUCGGACCAACAAAGCUUGCACAACGUCCUACUACCUAACGUGGACCAGCGCUGACGAUGAAGGAGCACUAACCCUCGAUGAGCCUACGAAACCAUUUGAAAUUAAGAAAACAAUUGACGGUCUUCAGCCCUGCACUAAAUACUUCCUAACCCUCUCGGCCGUGACGACAUCUGGAGAACACAGCGAACCAGCCAGGCUAGACGCAUCUACUUCGUGCUAACAGACGAACUUCAUGCUUUUCUCAGCUUUUUAGCAUUUAAAAAAAAGAGAGUAAAUGGUAAUCUA